UCAGUCCUAAAAAUAACGGACGGACAGCCAGUCCUCCCCAGUGACUUAGCAAACAUUUGCCAUGUUGCCCACUCCAUGUUGAUCUUAGUCUUCGUUGCAACACUUGUGUUUUGAUUCAAGGAUGAAACCUCAUUUUCAAACGGUCCAUCUUGGGAAAGUGCUGAUCUGCUGACAGAAGAGUUUAAGUUUACAUUUUGGGAUAAGGCUGAUCAUGGUGCGCAACGUGGAUGAUCUGGACUUCUGCCUGUCCUCCCAUCCUCAGAGCAUCCUGGAAGGCUUGCGUUUGCUCUGUUCACACCCCAAACUUGUGGAUGUGACCCUGAGUGCAGGGGGAAGAGAUUUCCCUUGUCACCGAGGGGUUCUGGCCCUGUGCAGCAUGUAUUUCCGCUCCAUGUUCUCAGGGGACUUUGUGGAGAGCAUUGCUGCUCGUGUGGAGCUCCAGGAUGUCAAUCCUGACAUCCUCAGCUGCUUGCUUGACUUUGCCUACACCGGCAAACUGACAAUAAACCAGAGCAAUGUGGAGGGCUUGAUUUGUACCUCCAGCCAACUACAGUUUCAGACAGUGCGAGCUGUGUGCAGCCGAUACCUGCAGAAUCAGAUCGACGAAACCAACUGCCUGGGAAUCCUGGAGUUUGGAGAGAUCCACGGCUGCCCUGAAGUUGUGGCCAAAGCAUGGGCCUUCCUCCUAGAGACCUUUGAGGCUGUGCAACAGGGCGAGGAGUUUCUGUUUUUGGGGAAAGAUCGGCUGACAGCUUGUUUGUCCAAUGAAGGACUGAAAAUCCGUUCGGAGUGCACACGCGUGGAAGCCAUCUUGAAAUGGGUCGGGCAUCAGAAAGAGUCCCGACUGUGCCACCUUCCUGAACUCUUCAGCUUGUCACAUCUGUCUCUGCUCAGCCUAAGCUACCUGACCGACACCCUGCUGAAAGACAGUAUGGUCCAGGCCUCCCCUAGCUGCAGGGAGGCAAUUCAAGAAGUUUGUAGAGAGAAGCAAGAUUUGGCACAAGAAUAUUCCGAAAGACUAAACUCUCAAAGUCCACAACCAAACUUGCAAGAAGUACUGUUUGUGAUGGGAGGACGUUCACUGGAUGACGAGGAUGAUAACGAUUCAGACGAGGAUGACAACGCAGACCCAAGACUUCAAAGAUUGCCAUCCAAGAACUGUGCCUUCUACAACACAAAGACAAAAAAGUGGCAUGAGCUGCCUAACUUCCCUAAUCCCAACAAGUGGGGUUACGCCAUGGUGACCCUAAACAAUGAUGUUUAUGUAACAGGGGGCUCGCGAGGUUCGAACACCAACUCAUGGUCGACCACAGAGACCUGGAAGUACAUCAUGAGAGAGGGAAGAUGGGUUACUGUCGCACCAAUGAUACGGCCCCGGACUAACCACACGUCGGCAACACUUAAUGGCGAGCUUUACGUAAUCGGAGGCACAACGUCGGCUCAAGUUGAGGUUGAGCAUUACGACCCUUACAGUAACACCUGGGCAUUAACGUGUCCUGCUUUAAAAUAUGUGACCAACUUCACGGCCACAGCUUGUUUUGGAAAGCUUUAUGUGAUUGGAUCAUGCGCAGUGAAGUACAAUGCGCUGACCAUGCAGUGUUACAACCCUGUCAUAGAUGCCUGGAUCAGUAUAGGGUCACCCUUCAUCCCCAAGUAUUUGUCGUCUCCUCGUUCCGUCUGUGUGGAUGGGAUAAUAUACCUGUUGGCUGAUAACACAAAGAAAGUUUACUCAUAUGACCCAGAGGCAAACAUGUGGCAGAAGGUCCAGCUUCUUCACAUGCUCCAUGAGAACGGUGGCCUCGUAUCCCUGGAUGGAAGGCUGUAUGUCACGGGCGGCCACUGGAAAGGAAUGGAGGGCGACUACGGGGUGGAAGUGGAGGUUUACAACCGAGUAUCCAACACCUGGGAUGUGGAAUGUUUCCUCCCAAGACUUUGGUUCUACAGUGGAGUAUCUACUAUAUUCCUAGACCCAUCCCAGUGGCCUGAACUUCCGCCCAUAGAUUUGACAUAGAUACCAUCAAGGCCUUAAUUGUUUCAGUUUUGCGGGGUCAGUGAGUUCAGAGAGACAUACCCGGCAUAUGUCUAUUGGUAGAGUGCAAGUAUCAAGUCAGUCAGAGGAUGUCCUUUGUGCCAAGAAUAGUGUGCCACAUAAUCCUCUGGAAAUCUCAAUGCAUUAAUGCAUGCUUUAGAGCUCGACAGGUGUUUAGCCUUUGCUUCAUGUAUUUGACAGCUGAACUCCUUUGUUUUAUGGUACUAGUGAAUAGUUUUUUGUUAUUCUUUUUGUUUUUGCAGAAAUUGUUUUAAAGCAUCUGCUUUGAGCAUUAUUAUGAAGUAUCAUUACUCGCAUUUGUUGCUACAAAUGAACUAUCAUGGUUCUCCAAAUAAAAGGGAUUAAUAAAAAAAAAAUGUUUUCCGUUAGUAAAAGUCACUUUUAAAGGUUACAAAACACGGUGCUGUAAUUGUCUCGUUUAAUUAUUAACCCAUUGGUAUUCAGCGGUUUGGCUAGCGGGUUCAGUCCUCCAAUAGAAUCAACAAAGCUUGCAUUCUGGUACCAUGACAACGUUGCUUGUGCGCGUGGUUACCAUAGCCAAUUGUUUGGCAUUAGAGAGCUUUGCUGUGGCUUCAGUCGAUUCUAAAGUUUCUUAACCUUAUACCUACAAUUAUUUUAACUUUUAUUUUCACGGUUUUUUUUUUUUUUUCCAAGAAGGAGCCUGCUUAGUUCCAUGUCAGUGGCAUGUAAAGUUGUUGUUUUAGCCAUGAAUUCUCAAAAGGUUUCCAGGGUUUUGAAGCAGAACGCGAGCUAACUUUAAAGCAAACAAAUUACUGAACCCUUAAAGAUAUAAAACAUUUAAUGCUUAAAGCUGGAAACGUUUUAUAAUGAGUUCUCGACGGGAGCAAGACGGACACUCACCAAGACUGGAGGCUGUGAUUCAGGUCGGUAUCAUAACACUUCUUCACCGUCUUAAACUGAGUCAUUGUUAUUAGUAAAGGUCUGUCGAAUUGAAGACGGCUCAGAGAUGCGCAGGUGUGGAGAAUUAGGCUAAUUAAAGAACUAGAACGUUCUUGAAGGGAAUAGCAUGUCUGGUAUUUCUGACUGUAGCCUGAAGCUUGUUUAUGCUAAUAUAUGAGAGCCGUUUCAUUUAAAAUUUCAUAAAUAAACUGUUAUUAAUCAAUAAUUAAACAUUCCAUCAAUUGAAAUUCACGAUAACGUAGUCAAAAACAGUUACAGUUUAAUGGCGAGUUUAUCUUUGUCAAUCACAGUUUUAGGCAAUUAUUUGUUAGUUUAUGUAUUCGUUCCAAAAUUAUUUGAUAGUUUGACUAUUCGUGUGUCAUAACCAUUAUGAAACGUGUGCAGUUAUACUGUAUUCAGAAUAACUGACAUGUUUCCUCAAAAGUGUAAAACUCCAAAUCUUUGAUUUCUAAAGCGCAAGUGUAUUGGGAACACUGCAUAUUCAAUUCCAAAACAAAGCCUGAAGAAAUCUUCGUCUAAUUUGUCAUUACUGGAAAAAGAAAAAGAAAUAAAUAUUCAGCUGUUCGAAAA